AAGGAACCUCACGGCGGGAGGGGGCGUCGCCAUUUUGUUUGUUUUAGUGAAUCUGUACAGUAGGAGGAGGUUGAGAAAGGCACCCUAUAGAUACGGUUGCUAAAUACGGAAAGCUACGAUAGGACCGCUUUUUGUUCAGCGUCCCCCUCCACCUUAGUGUGAGAAGGUGCAGGGCCGAUGUUCUACGCUCACUUUGUCCUCAGCAAGCGUGGGCCGCUAGCCAAAAUCUGGUUAGCGGCCCACUGGGAUAAGAAGCUGACCAAGGCACACGUGUUCGAGUGCAAUCUGGAGAGCAGUGUUGAGAGCAUCAUUUCUCCGAAGGUAAAAAUGGCUCUCCGUACAUCUGGCCACUUACUUCUGGGUGUUGUGAGGAUCUACCACAGAAAAGCCAAGUACUUGCUGGCAGAUUGUAACGAGGCUUUUAUUAAGAUUAAAAUGGCCUUUCGCCCAGGUGUGGUUGAUCUGCCCGAGGAGAACCGUGAAGCGGCCUACAACGCCAUCACGUUACCUGAGGAGUUUCACGACUUCGAUCAGCCACUUCCAGACCUGGAUGACAUUGACGUUGCUCAGCAGUUCACUCUGAAUCAGUCUCGUGUGGAGGAGAUCACCAUGCGUGAAGAAGUGGGCAAUCUUAAUUUACUGCAAGAGAAUGAUUUUGCUGAUUUUGGCAUGGAUGACCGAGAGAUGAUGCGUGAGGAAGGUGCAUUUGCCGUGGACAUCAUCCAUGGGGUGUCUGCAUCUAACCUGCUGCUGGACUCAGAGUCAAGCAGCGGGCAGAUAGCCGACAAGUCCAAUCACCUAGAGUACGACCAGUACAAGGAUGACUUUGGAGACAACCCUAUGGAGAGCAGUGAGGGAGGCAUGCUGGUGGACAAACUUCUCACUAAUGAGGAUGGAGGUGGGAUUUUUGAUGACCCUCCAGCCAUCACUGAAGGUGUGAUGAUGCCCCAGGACCACGGUGGCGAUGAUGAUGAUGAUUUCGACAACCUUUCGCCGGCAGGGGGUCCAGACAGUCCAGAUUCUGGUCCAGUGGAGCAGCUCCCUACCAUGACAGACCAGACAGAACAGACCACCCUGGUCCAUAAUGAGGAGGAGGCUUUUGCUUUGGAGCCCAUUGACAUCACAGUGAAGGAGACCAAAGCCAAAAGGAAGAGGAAGCUUAUUGUUGACAGUGUGAAAGAGCUGGACAGUAAGACCAUCCGUGCCCAGCUGAGUGACUACUCUGACAUUGUGACCACCCUGGAUCUGGCUCCCCCCACCAAGAAGCUGAUGAUGUGGAAGGAAACAGGAGGAGUGGAGAAGCUCUUUUCUCUGCCAGCUCAGCCCCUCUGGAACAGCAGACUGCUCAAGAUGUUCACGCGGUGCCUGACCCCUUUGGUUCCUGAUGAACUGAGGAAGAGGAGGAAAGGUGGAGAAGCGGACAGCCUGGAUGAGUUCCUCAAAGACUUGGAGAACCCUGAGGUGCCACGAGAAGAGGCCCUGUCUCAGCAGCAAAGAGACCUCAUUGACCAGACUAUCUUGGAGGAACCCAAUGUUUUGCAGGCUUCAGCUAUGGAGGGCAGUCGCACGACCCUCGAUGAGUCAGUCAUGCCUCCACCUUCAGGACACCGUGGACAAAAGCGCAAAGCUCAGGACACAGAGCCUGCCUUGCCUAUGCUUGAGGAUGAUCGCUCCUCUAUUGUGUCUACACGGCACAUGAACAUGCAGCAGGUGGAACUGCCCCCCGAGGAGCUAGCCAACAUCGCUGAACUCAUCCCUGAGCUCGACCUGAUAGGAGAGAAGAGCAAAGAGAAGAAGGAUGACGAUGAUGAAGAAGAGGAGGAGGAUGGUCAAAGUGGAAACCAAGAUCAGGAGGAGAGGAGAUGGAACAAGAGAACCCAGCAGAUGUUGCAUGGGUUACAGCGAGUCAUCGCUAAGACUGGAGCAGAAUCAAUCAGCCUGUUGGACCUGUGCAGAAACAACAACAAGAAACAAGCAGCUGCCAAGUUCUACAGCUUUCUGGUGCUAAAGAAACAGCAGGCAGUGGAGCUCAGGCAGGACGAGCCCUACAGUGAUAUUAUCGCUUCCCCUGGCCCCAGAUUUCACAUUAUAUAAAGUCUUUACAGUCCACACUGGCAGAUUUUAUCCUUUGUAAUGGUUUUGGUUGUAUAUGAUGUGUUACAUUUAUCUGUGCAUGUGAGUUUUGCAUACUACAUGUGCUAUCUGUCUCACAUGCGAAAAAAACUUUUUUAUAAGUUUAAAAAGUACUUCUAACAAUACUUUUACUUCAUACAAGCAUGCUUCAGUUUUUGAAAACAUUUGUGAUAUAAGCUAAAUGGUAACAAUUUAGUAAAAAAAAAGAACUGAUCUGAGGCUGAUAAGAAAAACUAAAGAUUAAGAAAGCAUUAGAUACCACAUACAAAAAUUGUUAUUUUAGUCAAUAAAACGGUGGUAGAUUUUCAUAGGAAAGUAAAAGUCUAUUUAUAAUCAAUGAAGUGAACUUGCAUAACUGUGUAGUAGUUUGUUGCAUUCAUUUGGAAAGUCUUUAAGCCUUAAGUUUGUUCUUUUUAAUCAUCAAAAGUUUUACAUGCUUCUGUUUCAUAAUAUUUAUUGGUCAAAGCCCUGUCAUUUUGCAUGCUUUGAAUUACAUGUUGACAUGCAACGAAUUUAUGUUUACUUUCUUGAAAGUGUUUUCAUUGUUUAAAUAUAACAUUUCUUUGAGUAACAUUUUAGCUGCUCCAAGGACUUAAAAAAUGGUCAAAAUACAGUUCAGUCAUACAGUUCUGUGAAAUAUUAAAGUAUUGACCUACA